CCAAGAGCCCAAGAGCCCAAGAGCCCAGAAGAGCCCAAGAGCCCAAGAGCCAAGAAGCCAAGAGCCCAAGAGCCCAAGAGCCCAAAGCCCAAGAGCCAAGAGCCGAGCCAAGAGCCCCCAAGAGCCCCAAAGAGCCCAAGAAAGAGCCCAAGAGCCCAAGAAGCCAAGAGCCCAAGAGCCCAAGAGCGGAGCAAGAGCCCAAGAGCCCAAGAGAAAGCCCAAGAAAGAGCCAAGAGCCCAAGAAGCCCAAGCAGCCAAGAGCCCAAGAGCCCCAAGACCCAAGAGCCCAAGAGCCAAGAGCCCAAGAGCCCAAGAGCAGCCCAAGAAGAGCCAAGAGCCCAAGAGCCCAAGAGCCAAGAGCCAAAGAGCCAAGAGCCCAAGAGCCCCAAGAGCCCCAAGAGCCCCAAGACCCAAACCCGAGCCAAGAGCCCAAGAAAGAGCGAGAGAGCCAAGAGCCAAGAGCCAAGAGCCAAGAGCCAAUCCAAGAAGAGCCCAAGAGCAGCCAAGAGGACCAAGAGCCAGAGCCAAGAGCCAAGAGCAAGAGCCCAAGUAGCCCACAGAGCCAGAGCCCAAGGCCCAACGAGCAGAGCCAGAGCCAAGGCCCAAGAGCCAAGAGCCAGAGCCAAGUAGCCCAAGAGCCAAGAGCCCCAAGAGCAGAGCCCAAGAGCCCAAGAGCCGCAGAGCCCAAGCCCAAGAAAGAGCAAGAGCCCAAGAGCCCAAUCCAAGAGCCCAAGACAAGAGCCCAAGAAGCCAAGAGCCAGAGUCAAGAGCCAAGCCAAGAGCCCAAAGCCAAGAGCCAGAAGCAGAGCCAAGCAGGAGCGAGCCCAAGAGCCCAAGAGAGCCCAAGAGCCCAAGCAGAAGCCAAGAGCCCAAGAGCCGCAAGAGCCCAUACCAAGCCCAAGAGCCCACCCAAGAGCCAAGAGCCAAGAGCAAGACGCCCAAGAGCCAGCCAGAGCCAAGAGCCCUCAAGAGCCAACGAGCCAGAGGCCCAAAGCUCCAAGAGCCAAGAGUCCCAGCCCCAAGAGCCGCCCAAAGCAGAGAGCAGAGGCCAUAGAAUGCCCAAGAGCCCAAGAAAGCCCAAUACCCAAGCCGAAAAGGCCAAGAAGCCAAGAAGCCCAAGAGCCAAGGCCCAAAGCCCAAGAAAGCCCCCCCCAAGCCCAAAGCAAGAGCGCCCAAGCCAAAGCCCAGGUGAAGGAGGCCGCAAGACCCAAUAUCGACAACUCAAUAAUGAGAGCCGCAAGCUCAAGCCAUCCUGGUGCAAUGAUCCCAAAGCCCAUAGACCGAGCCAAGAGCCCAGCCCCAGCCAAGAGCCCAAGAGGCAAGAGCGCCUUAGAGAUUCCUCAGCCCAAAGCCGCAGAGCCACGACCCAAAAGCCACUCUAGAGCCAAGAGCCAAAAGCAAGGAGCUCCAAGAGCCCAAGAGCGAGCCAAUUUUGAGAGGCCCAAGAGCCCAAGAGCCAGACGCACUCCAAGGAGCCAAGAGCCCCAAUGCCCAAGAGCCCAAGAGCCUAAGAGCAAGGAGCGAGCCCAAGAGGGCCCAAGAGCCCAAGAAGAAGUCCCAAGAGCCAAGACCCAAGAGCCCAACGUAGCAAGAGCCAAGGAGCCCAAGAGCCCACAGAGAGCCCCUAGUGCUCUCCUAGAGCCCAGCUCCAGAGACCAAGACGCCAAAUCCAAAAGCAAAGCACCCAAGCCCAAGGCCAAGAAGCCCAGAGCCAAGAAAGCACCAAGAGGCCAAGAGCCAGAGCCCAAGCCCAAGCCCAGCUCAAGAGCCCAAGAGCCGCAAGAGCCAAGAAGCGCAGAGCUAAGAGACCCAAGCCAAGAGCCUCAAGAGCCAGAGGCCACAGAGACCAAGAGCCAACGAGCCCAAGAGCCAAGAGGCCCAAGAGCAAGAGCCGCAGAGCCAAGACCCAAGCCCAAGAGCCCAAAUCAGAGCGCAAGAGCCCAAGAGCCCAAGAGCCCAAGACCAAGAGACAGGAGCCAAGAGCAAGAGCCCAAGAGCCCAAAGCAAGAGCCCAAGGCCAAGAGGCCAAGAGCCCAAGAGCCCAAGAGCCAGAGCCCAGCCCAGAGCCAAACCCAAGAGCCACACGGCAGGGCAGUGAGAGCCAACCAAGAGCCCAGAGCUCAAGAGCAAGAGCAAGAGCCCAAGAGCCAAGGCCCAAGACAGAGAGCACGAGCCCAAGAG